AUGGCGCUACCCCUUCUUCGAAUUCCUGGUAGUUCUUCCAUUCCAUUUGUUACCACGAAGCCGCACUCUCUUCCUUCCAGAAGCCUCCGCAAGACGACGGUGGCAGCAGCGGAGCUUCAAACACCAGUGGUAGCGUUGGGCAGAACGGAUUUCCGGUAUCCGAAUGUUGAAGCUCCUAGCCAUAAGGUCAAAGUCCACGACAGAGAACGUGGAAUUGUUCACGAAUUUCUAGUUCCUGAGGACCAAUAUAUAUUGCACACUGCUGAGUCUCAGAAUAUUACCCUUCCAUUUGCCUGCAGGCAUGGUUGUUGUACAAGCUGUGCUGUUCGUGUAAAGAGUGGGAAGAUUAGACAGCCAGAGGCACUUGGGAUAUCUGCCGAAUUGAGAGAGCAGGGUUAUGCACUUCUUUGUGUGAGUUUCCCAUGCUCUGACCUUGAAGUAGAAACUCAAGAUGAAGAUGAGGUAUAUUGGCUUCAAUUUGGACGCUAUUUUGCAAGAGGAGCAGUGGAAAGAGAUGACUAUGCCUUGGAGUUGGCCAUGGGUGACGAGUAA